CCCCACCAACAGAAAUAGGAAAUUCGUCAGCUUUUUUGGGCACUUAUCAAGUACAAAUUAUGCAACGGUAUUAUCACAAUUAGUGCAGUAAAAGGUGAUGGGAUGUCAUACCCGUGAUACAUAUCAGCCAAUCAGCGUACAGUUAAUUGCUUUACGUUUGUUGUCACGCGUGUGAUACAAUUUCAUUGACCGCACGUUCCACGCUUAGAAACCGCUACAAUGUUGACAGCUCCUCGCGCUCAGCGAUAAAAUGAACACAUUUUUUUUUACCAUUCGUCGAGAUUGCCGGUCUAUAUUGUAAAACAUUUGUGAAAGUGCGUAUUUUAACAGUUUGCUAGAAUAAUAGUCUAAUACGAAGAUUAAGUAGGUAAAAGUUACCUAUUGUAUCUGAUGAAUCAUGAAUUGAUAAAUGUUUUUUCCGUGAUUUAGCUAGCAAGACAAUACAGGUGAUCGCAACCGGGAAAAAAGUGAACAAGAGACGAUAGUUGUUAGGUUUAUUGCCAGGUAAAGGUUUUUGUUUAGGUUUGCGCAAAGUUAACUAGUAAUAGGGUAAGAUACGUAUGCGAAAUGACAACUUUGCAGGACAAUCAAUUUCUUUCCUUCAAUGUCGGUGGAUGUUCCUUCUCCAUCCCCCUCAACCGACUGUCUCACCUACAAGACUCCUUGCUUUUCAAAGACACGUCUUCAGAUCAGAAUCCACGAUGGUUUAUCGAUAGAGAUGGAUGCACAUUCAGACAUGUACAUUAUUAUCUACAAACCGGGAAACUAGCUACAACAUGUGUAUCUGAACUUAAUAUUUUAUGUGAGCUAACUGCCAGUCUACGCCUGACAUCACUGCUACAGGCCUUAGAGAACCUCCAGUCAGGUAAACAUUUCCUGCGAGCUCGGGCAGUGGACGUGCAGGUGACUGAGAGAGCAACUCUGAACUACUGGAAGACAAGGAUCUGCAACACCAGACAGCCUGAACCUGUAGCCAGCCCUGUCUCCUCAGUUCAUGAUGCUGUACCCCUGGGUCUGGUGGGGACCCCUCUGGUGGAUGGUGACGAGGAGGUCCUGUAUUGUUUCAUUCCCAUGGAGACUGUCCGCCUGUACCCCGCCCUGGUGACUGCCGACAACCUGCUGUGGCUGUGUGACGACCUGGCCAUCAUCGAGUGUGACAGUCCUCUCUUCAGGUUCAUAGCAAAUUAUCUUCGGACGGGAAAGAUCUUACUCCCCGAGGAGUUCAGUGAAUACGGGAGGUUGAACCAGGAGGCCACAGAGACUGGCAUGACAGACUUCAUAGAAGCACUACAAAAACUACAUGACCUGAUUGGUGAUGGCGGCCUGUUCCCAGAAGGCUGCACCCAGAUGAGGCAACAGCGGAUGACCCCACAGCCUCUGUAUGUGAUGACCUUUGAUCUGCUGGUGAGGUACCAGGACUCCGCUCUGGGGCAGCUCUGUGUGAACAGCAACAUGGGCAGCAGCAGGCUGCACAUCACUGGCAAUGGGGUCGUCUUCCAGCAUGUGGAGAACUGGCUAGGAACAAGUCGACUCCCCCUGACAGAGAGACAGUGUGACCUGCAGGGGUUGUGUCAGUACCUGGACAGACAGGACGGGGCCUACCACGCCUUCAGAGAGGCGCUGUGGGAGUUCCUGUGGAGAACCAGAACCUCAGGCGGUGAGAGGUUCCACACAGACACAGGGUCGUCUACCAAUGGGCUGUGGUCGGCCUCAGUGACAACCCUCACCAUUUAUAAAGUUGUUAAAGUUUAUGUUGGAACACAUUGGUACGCCACUUACUUCAGAACCUUGUUAAAGCACCCAGAGCUGUUGUCCAACCCCAGGAAGAGCAGCUGGAUCGCAUACGGCCAGAGUCUCCACAUCGUAGCCGACGGAUCCAUGUUUAGACACGUCCUCAACUUCCUGAGAUGUGGUCGCCUGUUGCUCCCCUCUGGCUUCAGUGAAUGGCGGUUGCUGUGUCAUGAGGUGGAGGAGUUUCACAUCCCUGCUCUGACGAGAGCUCUGGAGGACUGCCUUGAUUACAGGGCCUGGUGUAGCAAAGAGCAUGCUAUCAGUCUCCAGCCUCCUCAUUCAGCUCAGUCCCAGCUCGUUCACAACCCGGACUAUAAUGGCUUCUUGGGGUUUGGAUUUGGUGAGGAGAGCAUGGAUGUAAGUGCCUCAUCAACCGAUGAUGUAAAGUCCCCUGAGGACUCCUUCUCAGGAGGUGAGAAGAGCUGUUCAUCAGAGGAACCAGAAAGAGCUUUGGUUAUCACAGUGGAUGAAGUAUGGCUAUGCCAGCACCCCCCACCAGCUCCUCUCAACACUGAAGUAAAGUCCAUAGUAAAGACGACAUUAGAGUCUAGUAGUCAGAUGUGUCACCUCUCAGUACCCACGUUAGAUACCACAGGCAAGCUCCCAUCAUCCUCCGCGGUAGAAAACAAAAUAUCAGACACAUCAAGAACCAGGAAGCCUUCACGUCCUCUUGAGCGGCUCAAACAAAAGCUGGACAAUGCUACUAAAUUCUUUCAGCCAUCCCCCAGUAGCCGGUGGCAGAAACCAGUAGUUUCCAGAUGCUUCUUUCAUCCUUCUGGACCUCCGGGUGGCUUGAUAAAGAGAAGGACGUCAGGAGGUGUAAGUGACAUCUCAGCCUUUCUCCCGUGGAUGAUCCAGAGAGAGGAGGCGCCUUUGCAAAGGCUGGCUCAGCUGGUGAACACGUUUCAGAGGGAGCCCAACAAACAGCCCUCCACAGAUGUCAGCAGCUGUACCCCUCCCCGUGACCCCCUCCUCGUGUCCGUUCUCCCCUCCCGUUUGACCAGCCCGGGCCUGCCGAGCGGAGCACCGGGGGCUGGUUCUGAGGGAGAGUCCUCUAACACCACUGGGAGUGGUGUCCAUCAGAUCCAUUGGAGAGGCCCUGCUUUAAAGGGCUGCUUGUUCCCUGUGCAUGGUUGUGCCCUGCCUGUUAGAGGAUGUGUUCUCAGGGUGGACCACCCUCCAGUUCUGGGCAGAGGGACACCUGGAGGAUACUUCACCCACAGCCACAUCUACACCGCCAGCCCACAGCACACAGGUUAUCACGUGCAUGAAGACCAAAAUGUGAAGGUGCAUCCCAAGAGUUGGAGGGGAAACAUGCUGGGUCCAAAAUGGCACCAUAUUCCCUAUAAAGCGCCCUUUAAAGCAGUAUUUCUCAAACCCACUGACAUCUUGGCUUGGUUAUUGCCCUGAACUAGCUCACCUUAUUCAAUACAUCUAACUGGACUUAAUAUGUUACAUUAGGCCUGGCAGCCAGUGGAGGAAUGAAUUAUUUAAAUAAUACGAUCUAUAAAGAAGAAUCAUCUACAAGCUGUGACUCCACAGUGAAUUGUUUAUUGGCGGUCUUCCAGGAAUAUAUUAUUGUAAAUAAACUUCCUAAACCCAUUUAGGUCACCUUACAACUAUAUACAUUACAUUCAAACAGAUUGGGGAUAAUUAUGAAGUGAUAAAUGUAAAUUAAAAAUAAAAGAUACCAAACACACCACAAAUGUGUUCUCCUGAGGUCUUAUUUUCCAACCAAAUAAGAAUAGAUCCUAACAAAAAUAUUUGUUAUAAAUAUAAUCCAAGGUAUGUCUGGCAUCUGUAUGGGAUUAAAAAUGCACCAGAAAACCCCACAUGUUACCUAUGUAUAGUUCAUCGUACCAAACCUUGAGUGUACUCAAUAUUACCUAAACAUUUUGCGAUUUCUCCAACAUAAAAACCACCUGGGGGACCCCCGGCCCGGCUUGAGAACCACUGAUGCAGGCUCCUGCCCUAGUAGCACACUUGUCUUUAGAGAAUGGGGUGCCCUUUACCACACACCCACAUGCCUUUAGAUCUGUAGAGACUGCUGUAUUCAUUCCCUGCCAAGUCGCGGUAAACCAGUUGAUCUGUAAG